ACUAAUACAAAUGGCAUUUCAUUUGUUGGCAUUAUCUUCCAUAAUGUCAUUAUUAUUACUUCAAAGUUUUUGUAAAUUUUGAAAUGUAGAAGUGCAUACAUGGAUAGUGGUUAUAAACAUAGCUUCACCACUGCUAAAUCACAUAUGUGAUUUGCUAUAUGCUAUAAUUCUGAAAUUUCUCAGCACUCAUAAACACAGCCUUUCAAAAAAUACAUUAACAGAUAAUGUCGAGAAGUCUACCUGAAAAAAAAAAAAACACAACGAAAAACCCAAUAAAAUAUAUUUUCUCUCCUAUGCAACAUAUGUGAAGUCUGUUCCAGCAGAAUCCUAAUUCAGGUAUUUGAACCAGUUUGGAAUACUAAAGAAGGCUUACACUCAAGGUAUUGCCAUCUUUAUGUUCCGACUACCUGUAGUUAAAAAAAAAAAAAUAAGUACAAGAAAAUAAUUCAAAUCAAUGCAUUUUACCUCCUAAACAAUAAAGUAAAUGAAAUGGACCAUCUGCUUCAUUUUUUUUAGCCUGUCAUACACAUACAGUAUGUGACUCUGGGGUACUGCAGUGAUUUUUCAUCAUUUACAGGUUAAUAUGAAUGCUCUUUACUACUCUGAAGUCAUUCCAGUCUCGUGAUAGCAAAUUAUUGAAACAGUGAUUCAUUUUUUAAAAAAAUAUUCUGCUUUUACUCAUUAUCUAGAACAAUAAAGGCUAGAACACUCUGGAUGAGACUGUAGAUGCAGUGGCAAUAUAAAUUAACAAUAGGAGUUGUAAAUGAAUUUUAUGUAUUACUAUGGGCUUUUUCAAGAGUUUAUGUUAGAUAAAUAUUUAGCAGAUCUUGCUUAAGUAAAGCUAUCUUCUCAGCAGCUUCCUCUUGCCUCAUAUUGUGCAUCUCCUGUUUAUACUUGUAUGACAAGACAAGUGAUCAACGCGUAACUGCUGGGAAUUAAGUUAACUUGGAGUAUUUUGCUAUGACUCUUGACUUCUGCAGACUUUUGAUUGAGCUCUCAGCCAGGUUGUCUUCCACACAAUUGUAUGGAUGAGAUUCUGGGGGCAGGUGUUAACUGUGGAAACCUACUUAGUAUUAAACGUACCUGUCUGAUGGCUACCGACUUUGGAGACAAAGUUUUUAUAUAUUUUUUUUCUGGUCAUUGUUCUUUACAAAAGACCUAAUUGAAUAUAUUUGUCAAAUCAUGUCUCUGGUUUCCCUCUUCUUCUCCCCCGCUAAUUGGACAUGUAUUGUGUUUGUGUGGGAAGGAAGGAGGCUCUAUAGCAGGACAGCAAUAUUGCUGGGAAAAGAACAUUAAAAUGGAUAAAGGGAUUUUCUAGUGGUAUAAAUACCUGCACACGACCUCCCUGUUCUCUGGAGUCCUUCUGUAUAUGUAUAUACAAGUGCAAACACUGGAAUAGAGUUGGAGCUGCCAUUAAUCGAUCAGGACCUGAUCAGUUAGAAAACGGGGAAGGGUGGCUCUUUGCCUUUCACCUGUUUGAGGGCAUGACUUGCCAAGCGUUUGCUUCAUCCGACAAUUUUGUACCCUUGAAUUCUGACUCUUCUCCCUCCCUGCCUCUGAUAAUGCAUCACAGCGCAGCAGAGUGCCUGCCCGUUUCUAACCAUGCGACCAGUGUUGUCUCCACAGUCCCGUCUGUUUUGUCUUUGAUACAAACUCCUAAAUGUUCCCAACUCCAUUUUGCUGUGAUGACUUCGGGAAACGUGCCAGCAGGACUUCACUACUCUGUGCCCUCCUGUCACUAUGGAAAUCAACCCUCUACCUAUGGGGUGAUGACAGGCAUCAAGCCUGCAACUCCAGAGAUGCUAUCAGCAAGUCUCUCCCAGAGUCGCAUCUUACAAACAUGCAGCAUGCCACAUCCCAAUGUAGUAAAUGGUGUCAGCACUUUGCAAAGCAACCUGACUCCUUGCCUUUAUAAGUUCCCUGAGCAUGCCCUGAGUGCCAGCUCUUGUGCCCUGGGCCACAGCUUCACACCCAUGCACCAGACCCUCCUCAGUGAUGACCCCACAGCUUCAGACUUCAAGCAGGAAUUCCGCAGGAAAAGCAAGUCUGUGGAAGAGCCCGUCGACAUGGAUUCCCCUGAAAUCAGGGAACUGGAGAAAUUUGCUAAUGAAUUCAAACUGCGGAGAAUUAAACUCGGUUAUACACAAACCAACGUUGGUGAAGCACUGGCUGCUGUGCACGGCUCCGAAUUCAGUCAAACUACCAUUUGCCGCUUUGAGAACUUGCAGCUGAGCUUUAAGAAUGCAUGCAAACUGAAAUCAAUACUGUCCAAGUGGCUGGAAGAAGCGGAACAAGUGGGAGCUUUAUACAAUGAAAAAGUUGGCGUGAACGAGAGGAAGAGGAAGCGCAGAACCACCAUAAGUAUUGCUGCCAAAGAAGCCCUGGAGAGGCACUUUGGAGAACAAAGCAAACCUUCUUCUCAGGAAAUCAUGAGGAUGGCUGAGGGGCUUAAUCUUGAGAAAGAAGUUGUGAGAGUUUGGUUUUGCAACAGAAGACAAAGGGAAAAAAGAGUGAAGACAAGUCUGCAUCAGAAUGCCUUUAGUUCUAUUAUCAAGGAGCACCACGAGUGCCGGUAAAGCUUUUCCAUGUGUAGCUGUGGAUUUCUGUUUUGCUUUAUUUUAAGUACUUUGUUGCUUAAAAAACAAAACAAAACAAAAAAAAUGGUAAAACACUUGAUUCCUUUACAAGCUAGACAGCUUCUGAUGCAAUUUGGUAUAGAAGGCCUGAUUUCACUGUAAAAUGUUGAAGAAAAAAAUGCUAUUGCAUAUAUCUGAAGUGUUGAAGGCCUAAAUUCAAGGAAGCUAUUAGGCAUCACUCAACCAGAAAUGCUUUAGAAAUAGCACACAUAGUUGCAGUUUCCCUGUGCUGUGCCCUCACAGUCUGCAUUGUACUGAAUGAUUAACAGGGAAUCCCCAUCGUAGGUACCCUAAGCAUGAGGAAACAAAUCCUUUGUGUUACUCAUGAAGAAAGGUUACAGUGCUUGUGUCAGCAGCUGUAGCUCAUGAAAGAUUUUUGCCUCAGCCUGUCUGCAUACGUGCCGUACCCCCAGCCCAUCUAGCUAUCUAAUUGAGCUAACCUUUAUGAGAUGAUGAGCCAUUAGGCACAUUACAUGGUCCCACCCCCAGCAUUGAGCACUGAGUUCACUAAAUUAAACAUCAAAAAGAAGUUAGAACUUCGAGGAAGAGGAGAACAUGAAGAAGUGAUCCUAAGCUUGCAGUGUUGAUAGCGUUGAGUAUCUAUUUAUGGCCAAAGAUGGGAUCCUGGAGGACUGUCAGUGAAUGUGAGUGAUCCAGGAAGGCAGUAGAGGAGUGUAAGAUGAGGACUGUAAAGCUGCCUUCCAAAAACUGGCUGAUUUCAGGGACAAGCUCACAGAUGCUGUACAUCUCCAACUGAACUACUUCAAGUAGUCUUGGGUCUUUUCAAACUGAAGACAUGAAAGAUGUGCCAUAGCUACAGUCUUUAUUUAUGGUAGAAUAAGCUUACCAAUACUGAGGUGUCAACAUGGCUCCUCACAUGUUCUUGGUUUCAGUGUACCACUGCCUUAAACAGGUGCUAAGUUCAAGUGACAUUUUCUAAUGCUAGUUAUAAAAGGUAUUUCCUGCCAAUUCAUUGCAUGCCUUAAGGUUUGGUUUGGGUAGUUUUAGCUAUUGCAUUAAGAGUUUAUGGCUUGAUGGGAAAAAGUAGGGAAUGAUCAGUUAAUUAUUACUUCAGACUUUCUCUGCGUUAUAUUUUUUUAAGAUUAAAUCCUUUUGUGGACACACUUAAAUGGGAGAGUGUAUUAAGUGAAAAAACAAGGCUUUUUUGCUUUGAAACAAGUAGCCAAAGCAUUUACUGCACUGUAUAUUCCCACUCUCUCUUACACCCCAACAACUGAGAAUAACCCCUUGUCAUCCUGUAGCCUGGAGAGAAAAAGCAGGCAAAAAGGAACAAUAAAAACUUACAGAACAACCCCACGACAAUAAGCUAACAAAAACCAGUGACAGUGCCAGAGCUCUACCUAUCAGAAAGCCAGACACCAAGAAACUAAAUUAAGGACUUCAGUACUCACCAGGGACAGAUUAUCAAGCCAUCUCAUCAACCCUGCUUGUUGUUAUUAAAUAGCCCAUUAUCAUAUAUGUAUUUUACACUUCUCCCAGGACUGGAAUUAAGUGAGUACAAGCAAGCAGUAAUGGCCUGAUAAAUUUUAUUUUUCCAUUAAAUAGACCUGAUGAUUUAGAAAAUGUCUAAAUAAUAGGCCCACAGAAAGCAAAGAGGUUUACCGUUCAAGAUCACUUAGAAUCAGCGUGGACAAAUUGUGUUUUCACACUCUUGCAUGUUAAAUUGUCUCUGACACCUAUUACUGUGGCCAUAAGCUUAUUCAGCCGUGGAAGUUUGGCCUUGGAAAUAUAUUUUUAUGGAUUAAUUGCACUGCUACAACCCCUUAAUUUAGAAGCAGAUGCUAAUCUAACCAUUCAAAUGGGAGAAAUUAUGCUACAUACCCUAGUGGGUUAGUUCUCAAUGCUAGCAUAGCUCACCCACAGCAGCACAGACCACACCUCUGCCUUUUUCAGUUGUGUGUGUGUUGACAGAUCAUGAGCUUUCCAACAGGAUAAAAGAUAAACACAUUUGAGAUGACUGGCACUCAACAGCAUGCAUUUCUGUACUUCUGAUAUUACGUAGUCUAGGAUUGUAUGUAUGUUGAAACUACUGGCAAGUAUGAGUUUUAUUUAUAUUGUAAGUUAUUUUAUUGAUUAUAAAAGGCUUCCUAGUGACGCUGUAAGCCUCUAUGUUCUCUUCCUCCCCAAAUAAAGUAAUCUUACACGUUCAGUUUUCCACAUAAUUGUUUGUAGUUCUCUUUCAGCAAUACUUAACUUCUUUAGCUGUGAGUUGUACAGAUUUGUUUAUUCACUUUAGCAUGCUGUAAGUUAAUUCAAGAGAAAUUCAUGGAACUGUGAUUUCUUGUCUUCCACAAAGUCUCCCAAGUGAAGGCUAAUUGCAGAAGCUUAGCAAAAUGAAAUGAAAAUUGGCACAUAGUGCCAUUUGUUACAGAAGAGUGACAAAAAAACUAAGUGGAAGAAGCAGUCACCACCUAAACACAUCUAGCUGUCACCAUGGAAAUACUAACAUCUCAGAGCAGAAUCGGUUUAAAAAAAGGAAAGAAAAAAAAAAAAAUGCCUGGAUGAAAUCAAUUUAAUGUGCUGCAGCUGCAGCUGUUAGACUUGGAGAAAGUGGCAAUUCAGAGUUUUCUCUAGGAACAAAUAAUUCACUGGCUAAUUGCCAUCAAUCAUUCUUGAUUGAGGGAAAAGGCCCUAGAUCAGAUGCCUGACAUUUAGUUAGCUUUAUAAGCCAGCAAGUAAGUUUAGGUAGCUGCUUAACAAAUAUGGGUUGUGCCAUUUUUCUUUGAAGUUUUAUGGGUUUUUUUUUUUUCUUUUACUUUGCCACUGGUAACUGUAGGAAACUUGUUAGAAGUAGAACAUAGGACAAAACAAAACCUUCUGCUAAUACCUAUACCUGUGGUUCACCUGUCUCCUGAGUUGAUGUACGCUCUUAUCACCCACAUCUGAAGGAGACAGUGUAUCUAGAAAAGGACACAGUAUCAACAAAGCUAUUGAUCAAAGGUAAGUGGAAUAAUUAAGCAAGCUAGAUUUUUAUCUCUGAGAUGUAAUGUACAUUGACUGUUAUAGUGAUCUACUGAAUUACAUGCUGUACAGAAAAGAUGGAGACAGGUUGUUCACCACCCUGCAUAAUAUAAAAACUAAGUCAACAUGUAAAGUUAAACAUAAAACAGUGAUUCUCGGUGAGGUAAGGACUAGAUUGUGGAACUCCUCUACUAGAAACUGUGAGUGCCAACAAUUUAUUCAUGUGACUAAGCCUACAGAACAGAAAGCCACUCAAACUGCCAUAUGCAGCAAAAUUAUGUACCCUAUGGAAAUAACUUUGAUAGAUGACUACUAAUCUCUCUCCCAAACUUUAUUUUCUUUAUCUUGCUCUUUUGUUUUCUUGGGCACUGCUUACAGGCACAGUGGAGCGGGAUUCUGUGUGACAUGGACUGUGGUCUGCCUCAGUAUAGCUGUUUUUAGGUGCAUCAAGCAAUUGUGCUGUUCUUUCUGGAUAGAAGACUUUCAGUUCCUGUUAAGGUGUGAGCAAGGAUAAAGGAGUAUGAGGGACUGAGUUGGUUUCUUUGUCAUUUUAGUUUACUCAAAAUAAUAUUAAAAGAACUUGUUUCUUAGUAGGGAGAUGUAAUUUGGUUACAGAGUGCUACAAAAUAUGUAACUAACUAUAAUUGAAAUAAAUAUAACUAAACCUACAAACACUUUAUUCUGCUAAGAUUUUCAUGUUAAUUAGGGCUGCAGAACUUUGGAUAACUGUCUCCAGAAACACUGCAUAGAUCUUGAUGAUGACUUCAGAUAUGCAAUCUUUCUGAUGCCAAAUAGUAAUGCCUUCAUUACUGUACUUCAAGGACCCUAAAGAUACAGGAAAAAGCUCAUCACUGAAGUUUUAACAUCACCCAAUUUUAACAACUACUGAAAGAAUAAAGUACGCACUUCACUCAGAAGGGACACAAAUCUUGGUCUUCAACCAAAAUACCAAAAUACAAUCAAUUACACUUUAUACCUAACUUCACAUUACAGUUUCUCCUUCAAUGCCUAGGAGUAGAAACUCCUUUUCAAAAGGAAGGAAAUGCAAACUUAGUCAUAAUCUGUACUUAAUGUUGAGUCAAAGGCCCACAGACAGAACGUUUACGUCUUCCAUAAACGCUCAAUAAAUGUUAUGCUUCUUUAUUGCUUGGGUCAAAGGUAAAUUUACAUUUAAGAAUGGGGCUAUUAAAAAAAAGAAAAAAAAAAAGUUGUAUAAUUUGGAUAGCAGGUUACUCAAAAGCUUUGGACCUUACCUGUUGUCUUUGUGACUUUAAGCUUGGAUUUUCACACUUUAAAAGGCAAGGAAAGGAGAGAUACCGAGUAAGAGAACAGAGUGGCACUGCGUCAGUGGUUUUGCUUUGUAGCUGUCGAGCCCAAAGGAGCUCCCCAAACUUCCCAAAACCAACAGUAGGAAUGGUAUCAGAAAUCGUACAGGUGCUGAAAAGUCAGUGGCAAGAUAACAGAUCUUACAAUGCAAAGAAAAACCACCAAGAGAAGGAUGUUUAGGACUAACUUCUAGAGGACAGAACCACUGUGGAAUAAAAAAAACCUUUUAUUAGAUUUUUACAAAAUAACUUGUUUUAAAAAAAUCAUUUUAGAGGGAUAGGCAAUAUAUAAACUUAAAUGUUCACAUCCACUGCCUCACAAAUUAAUAGCACAUUCCUUACUUUCUCUAAUUGUUAUCAACAUCCGUGUAAAAAAAAACAAAAAAAAGACAUAUGAAGAUUCACCUAUGCUUUUUUUGUCUGCUGAUUUGAAAUGUAAAGCAGAUGGUGCAACGACAGUAGUUCCACAGAAGUUAAUGUUUCCUCUUGCACUUUCUCUAACAGCAGUGUUUUCAAGAAACUUGUACCUCAAAGUUUUUCUGUUUUCAAUCUUCAGAGGUAUUUUACUUUCUUCUUUGUAACAACAGUGCUUUUGUUGUUUCUGUUUGCUGAACAGCCCCACUAUACUAGCACAACCAGGCAAAUAAUCUACAGCAGAGUAAGGGCCUGAGGAACUUUAUGCUAUCUGGGAAGUUGCAA